AAAGCUGAACAAAAGGGGUUCGUGGCUGCUGCAGCAAAGCACAAAGAAAGAGGGGCCAGCAGGCAUUUCCACUCUGGCUUUAAAGGGCAUCGAAAUAGACGCUUGCCCUUUCCGACAGGCUCGGCGCCUCAGCUUUGGGCUGAAGGCUUUUAAGCGACUGCAGCUGCGGUGGGGAGUCUCUGGAGGCGAGAAAUUUUAUGAAUAAGCAUCAGAAGCCAGUGCUAACAGGCCAGCGGUUCAAAACUAGGAAAAGGGAUGAAAAGGAGAAAUUUGAACCCACUGUCUUCCGGGAUACAAUUGUCCAAGGUCUCAAUGAAGCUGGUGAUGACCUGGAAGCGGUAGCCAAGUUUCUGGAUGCUACAGGCUCAAGGCUAGAUUACCGGCGCUAUGCUGACACUCUCUUUGAUAUUUUGAUAGCUGGCAGCAUGCUAGCUCCAGGUGGGACAAGAAUAGAUGAUAAUGAUAAAACCAAGAUGACAAACCACUGUGUGUUUUCUGCAGAUGAAGAUCAUGAUGCCCUCCGACACUAUGCUCAGGUCUUCAAUAAACUCAUCAGGAGAUACAAAUAUUUGGAAAAAGCAUUUGAAGAUGAAAUCAAAAAGCUCCUGCUAUUUCUUAAAGCCUUUUCCGAAACUGAACAGGCAAAAUUGGCAAUCCUCACUGGAAUCUUGCUAGCUAAUGGGACGCUACCUGCUACCAUUUUAACAAGCCUUUUCACUGACAACAUUGUCAAAGAAGGUAUAGCAGCCUCUUUUGCUGUCAAGCUUUUUAAAGCAUGGAUGCUUGAGAAAGAUGCCAAUUCUGUUACCUCUUCUUUAAGAAAGGCUAAUUUAGACAAGAGACUGCUUGAACUGUUUCCAGCCAACCGGCAGAAUGUGGAGCAUUUUGCCAAAUAUUUCACAGAUGCUGGCCUAAAAGAGCUUUCAGAUUUCCUCAGAGUCCAGCAGUCAUUGGGGACUCGGAAAGAACUACAAAGAGAACUCCAAGAACGUCUUUCUCAGGAAUGUCCAAUUAAAGAGAUGGUGCUUUAUGUAAAAGAAGAAAUGAAAAGAAACGAUCUGCUGGAACCAGCAGUGAUUGGGCUCCUGUGGACUUGUAUAAUGAACGCUGUUGAAUGGAACAAGAAAGAAGAGCUGGUUGCAGAACAAGCACUUAAGCAUCUGAAGCAAUAUGCACCUUUACUGGCAGUGUUCAGCACCCAAGGCCAGUCAGAACUGAUCCUUCUUCAGAAAGUUCAGGAAUACUGCUAUGAUAACAUCCACUUUAUGAAAGCCUUUCAGAAGAUUGUGGUGCUCUUUUAUAAAGCUGAUGUCCUAAGUGAAGAAGCCAUCUUGAAAUGGUUCAAAGAGGCACAUCUUGCUAAAGGCAAAAGUGUGUUUCUUGAUCAAAUGAAGAAGUUUGUGGAAUGGCUGCAAAAUGCUGAAGAAGAAUCUGAAUCUGAAGGGGAUGAAAAUCAAGAUGGCUGAACAAAGCACAAACCAGACAUGAUUACAGCUGGCUGCUCUUUCAGAAUUUUGUACUGUCCAAGCAAGACUCUUCCUUCAGUGUCAUACUGAAAUUUUAGGCUAGGUUUUUUGUUUAUUUGUUUGUUUAGAAGAAUAAAAUGUCGGAGCCCUGAGGCAUUAGAUGCUGUACAUGACCCUCUUCUGGCAAGCUGUAUGCUAAUGUAGACAGUGGCAUUCAGCAAGGAGACAUAUAGGGAAAUUGAAAGUAAAUGCUUAAGAACUUUUUAUUAGCAUAUUUUCAGGUACUUCAGUGCCUGCCCAUAAGGUUUUUUGAUCUGUGUGUGUAGCUCAGUAUUUGCUUGUGUAUGUGAUUCGACAUCACUACAUUUUUAAAAAAUUAAAUGGCUUUUAUAUAUUCAUGUUCCAGCCUUCUUUGUUUCAGAAGUGGCUUGUAUGGGAUUAAACUACUGCUAAGGUUCUGCAGAAGGAUGGUCAAAGACUAGUCUAUAACUUUACCUGAUCCAUAUGGCAAGUUUCUUCCUUAGUAUAACUCACUCUGCAUCCUACCAAUAUGGAGUAUUUCCAAAUCUGAGGCUGAUGCCUCCAAGAAUAUUUGAUACUGGGGUGGAGAGAUUCCACAUAAAAACCAACAGUGAACUAAAGGAGAACCAGUGUGCCAUGUGUACAGGUAACAUGUAGCCAGCCCUAAGAUAUCUGCAUUAAACCAGAACCUUUCUUUUAUUUUUUAAUUAACAAUUACAUGACUGUUCUUCUCACAUAAGAGAUACAAUGAUAAAUCACUUCCAUCAAUAAAAGGUUUAAAACUUGUUUAAUUGAUUCACUGGUUAUAUUAAUUAAAAU